AUGCCACCCCCGGGAGGGAAGGGUGUACGGGAGGCGGCCAAAAAGAGUGUCACAGGAGCUGGUGAGCGCAAGAAGGCUACCGAGCCUCCGAAGCCAGGGUGGGCCUUGACUCCGGAGAGGCUGGCGGCCAUGACCCCCACUCAACGCCAACACCUCCUACUCUUUGGCGACCUGCUCGACGACUCAGGUAAGGCCGCCUCCAUGUUCCCACGCGGCUCGGUGGAGGUAUCCUACUGCAUGCCCGACCUACGCGCCUGGACGCAGGCGUUCGAGGUACCAGAAGAGCGUCAGAAACGGCUACUGGGCGUCCUCAAGGCAGCGGAGGCCCGCGGCCGAGUCCGCGCCCUGCGAUUGCGCUACACCCGAAUGCGGGCAGAGGAAAUCGCUCUCCUGAUCCAGAGGCAGGGCUCUGCGCGCGCCGCCAUCCGGCUGGAACUGUUCCUGCCACCGGAACUGAAGCCCACGAAAAUCUCCGAUCCUCUGGGCCGACAGGAGGUGCGGGCAAGCCUAGAGACAGGUGGAAGGGUCCCGUGCCUCGCCGUACACUGACCCCAGCCCCUCUCUCCGCAGAGGAGGCGUGUUGAGACAAUCCUGGAGGAGGCGGUAGAUGGAAGCAUCUUCCCGCGUUGACCGCGACCUUGGCCUACUAGGACCCGGGUUACAGCGGUUCCCCAGCCACUCACAUAAAGUUCUCUUCAGAGGGC